AUGGCAACAAUAUUAGAGCAUCUCUCCGUCGAAAUACUUUACGAAAUAUUUAUUUACUUCCGAUAUCAUGAAGUAUUUAAUAUUUUUUCUAAUCUUAAUUCUCGAUUUGCUGCUGUCAUUAAUAACAUAUCAUUUAUACCUGUUUACUUGGGUCUCAAUGGAAUGAGUAUAGUAGAGACCGAAUUUUAUUAUAGACAUUUAUCAGAACCAAACAUCUCGAAUCAUCUUAUUUCAUUAUGUGUCUCAGAUACAUUAUCUAUUGAUAAUGGUUUAUGGUUAGCAUCACAUGUAUCUACAUUUAUCAAUCUUCAUCAUUUAUCUUUAGUUGACAUUAAACGUUCUUCUUUUGAAUUGAUUCUCAAUUCAUUGACACCCAUUGAUUCUCUCGUCAUGUUUAGCAUACAGUUUUCAACGAAUUAUCGUGCUGCUUAUACAUUUAUAGGGGUGCCUGAAGGUGCAUAUUAUGAACAAAUUUUUCACUUAUAUCCAUCAUUACGUGUAUGUCAUCUGUUUUUCUGGCGAUACACACAUUAUACUCCAGAAAGUCAAUUCGUUCUACCACCUAACAGAACUUUUAUGCGUAUUCAAACAAGUCUUUUAAAAUUACAAUCACUUGCACUUGAAUGUUCACCAAGCUUUCUAUCAUAUUUAUUUGAACAUCUUCCACAACUGGAACAGCUUAGCUAUACACGGUGUGAUCCUUGGCUACCUGACAAUCAUCCACUAAUAUAUGAUAAUAACAAUCGAAUUACUCUCAUUAAUAAACGUCUUGCUCCAAAUCUACGCCGGCUAAAAAUAAAAUGGUUUGGUCCUGUGAUUGAUCUGGAAUCAGUUAAUAAAUUAUUUGAACGUGAUGUUUUGUUUUCAUUGACUAGCUUUACAUUUUUGGCGAGAAUUGAUGGUCCCCAUGUUCUUCACAAUUUACUAUCGAUGCUUUCUAGUCAAUGUUUAUAUUCGUUGGAUGUUAAAUGGUUUGUGGAAACUAUAAUAUCACUAUCGGAAACAGGCAAAAUUUUAUGCAACAUAUUUCAACAACUUAAAGGAUCAAUGCCAAUUGAAUUAGAACUAUCUUUAGAAGAAAACAUGUAUUCUAUUAGAGCUGUAACAUUACCAAAAAUGGAUAAAUCUUUAUAUGUCUAUUUUUAUCUACAUAAAAAUUCUGUGCAUGGACAAAGUCGAUGGCCGUAUAAUAGACGUGCCUUCAACAGUCAGUUGUUACGCUGUAAUGAAAUUCUUAUGAGUAAUUAUUAUGAUCAAAUCAACGAUGAAUUUCUUUCUUUGUCACCACCUAUCGUUCCUUGGUAUCAAGUUACAUUACUUCGUAUUGUUCAACCAUUUAGUUCAAGUCAUCUUUACUUUCUCUUUUCGCAAACGAUUAAUCUACGUACACUAGAAUUACAUUAUAGUUCAGAAUAUGAGUAUGCAAUCAAUUUGAAAAAGGAAUCUUUAGUCUAUCUCCUUGACGAUGCUUCGUUAUGCAAUAUACUCAUGUCAAAUGGCUUGCGAGAACUCAAUAUUUUUACUGCUGAAACUGAAAAACAACCAAAUUUGAUAAACAUUGCGCAUUUAAUUGUCGAACGAUUACCGCAUUUGCAAGUCAUAAAAGUAGAUGGUAUUAGUGAUCGAUUGAUUGAAAUGUCACAUAUACUUAUUAACAGUCUUUCGAAAUUAAAUUUUCUCACGAUUUGUGGUGGUAUUAAAUAUGAUAAAGUUUAUGAUAAAAGAUUGCGUGAUCUUCAGAACUCAAAUACUCGUUCUUUUCGAACGGAAGUUCCUAAUACGAUAAAUGAAGAUACACUUUUGGUAUGGCUAUAA